AUGAUACCAGCCGUGAGAUUCGGAGGCGUACCUGCUACCCGUCCAGAUACGCACGGCAACGGUAGUGAUGCGGAAACUAAAGCGGACAAGCAGAAACACACUUGCAACAUCUGCAGCACUGAAUUUAAGAGCGUAAGCGCACUCUCGGUGCACAGAAAAGAUCACAGCGACGAACGACCAUUCCAAUCGUUUAGCUCCAUUCUAAGCUUUAUCAGUCAAAAGCGCGUAAGCACAUCAGAGGAGAAAAUAAUUACACGUGAAAAAUUCAACGAUUUUUUUAAAUGUGACGUUUGUGAUGCCAAGUUUGCUAAAAAGUACAAUCUCACACUUCACAAGAGAACACAUGACAGGGACUUUCAGUGCCAGACCUGUGGAAAAGGUUUCGAACGUAAUACUACGCUCACAGCCCAUAUGCGCUGUCACGAAAUUGAGCCACACAAAUGUGACGUCUGUAACAGUACAUUUACCAGAAAAUAUGCUCUCAUGGUGCACAGGAGAACUCACACCGCCGAGCGACCGUUUGAGUGUAACAUCUGCAGCAAAGCUUUCAGCACAUCCAGCCGUCUUAAAAAUCACAAAGCUGCAGUUCAUUUACGAGAAAAUAACUUCAAAUGUCCGACAUGUGGUAAGGAGUUUCACUUGAAUACACUUCUAACACGACACCUAAAAACGCACAAUGCGGACCGCCGUCCGCAGUCGACCGUAUGCCCGGUUUGCCGAAAGAUCUUCACACAGCAGCAUAAUCUCGUUAGUCAUGUGCGCAGUCACAGCACGGAACGACCGUUCAAGUGCGACAUCUGCGGGGCAACGUUUAAGACGCCGGCCAGUCUAACUACUCACAGAAAGCUGAACACAUCCGGCGUACCGUACCGGUGUGAAAUGUGCGGUGCACGGUUCUGUCGAAAGGGCUACUUGGAGAACCAUAAGAAGAUUCACUAG